AUGCUCUUUCAGAGGCGACUUCACUUGCUAUCUCAGUCCCAGCCUCACCUGUCACCUAUCCAUAUUCCCUUACUCUCUUCGAGCUUGGAAGUCUCCAGACCUUCUGAGAGCCGCAGUCCCUCUAGAGCAACCACCGAGCCUUCAGCCACUUCAACUUCUAUGGUGGAUGUUGGACGCAAAGGUAAUGGUCUCAGGCAGAGCAACUCUCCGUCCGCGAUUGAGGCUAUUCCUCACUCCCCAUCAAGCCCUUAUAAAGCCGUCCAAGCUGCCAGGUCGCUGUUUGUAAGUGAGCAUCACUCUACACUGACCCAGCCUGUAAAGUACCUCAACUUAUCUCCCUCAUAUUCACCUUUCCGAUUGGAUCCGACUGUCACCUGCCAGCAAUCGUUAGAACCUCCUCCUCUUUGUCAUAAUCCGCCUUUACUCUCCUCCCUGCAGAACCAAAAGGGACAGGACUCUUUUUGUGAGCGAUGGCAGAAUACAGUUCUAGCGACUACUCCGCCGCAGAUCCUGUUGGCUGAUCCGGUUUCCUCCGUUUCGCGUGAAAAGGGAGUUUGGUCCUCAAUAAAGAUGAACCCUCCUUUAUCACCAAAAAGCCAACAGCCCAUAUGGCCAGAGACUAGAUAUUCUGGUCGUCUGUCCACUUCUUUCCCAUUUUACUCAAUUCCCAAAGACAGGGCUACUGGAAUUGAGGCCAGCGUGCUCCAUUCUUCCUCACAAGCGCCAAUGCAAUUCCCUUCCGGACCCUGGCAGCAGAAGCAUCCAAGACAUUGGGACAUUGACCCUCCUCUUGAGACCUCUACUGGUUACAUUUGCCUUACUCAGUUUAAAAGAGAACGAGCUUCAUUGCCAGCCAAAAUAUUAUCGGAGCCAACAGCAAAGCAGCAUCACCAUCAGGAUUUGGAAUCAGAUUGUAACAGCAUGCUUUCCUACGUGAAUAUGGGUCCAGCCGACAAAGGAAUUGAGAUGAAGGCUGGAUUAUCAACUACAAAUCAGCUUCCUUUGCAUUUGCUCGAGGUUGUGGCGACUUCUCCUUCUUGCUAUGCUUCCUCUCUCGACAAGAGCAAUUGGGAGGGCCUUGGCGAAGCUUCGGUCGAAAUGGCAGCCGAAUGCGCCCUAGUUCCUCUGAUACAGGAACUUGAAUCAGGGCGAAGUGGAACUUGCAGCAGAAGCUUCUCUAGUGAGUUGUCCUUAUUCUAUUAA